AGCUGUUAGCUUGCGGGAGAUCUGAUAAACACGUUAUGUGGUGGUGGAUGACGUCGACGGAACGCUAGGAGACGGGAUCCCUCGGAGACCCCGACCUCCACAUAUCUGCAGACUUACACACCACUACGAAUAGGUGCGGCGCAAGACAUGUACCUCAAUAUAGGGUGUUUGUCUCUGGAUCUGGAUCUACUAGGGAAUGUGGGCAGACGGACUCACUAGCUCAUCCAAGACAAAUACCUUACUUACCAUGUCCAUCCCAACUUUUUCCCCAUCACCCACCACAGUCCAGCCAGCGUCGUAAGCUCCCUCCCGACGAUGACGAUCAAGGACCGCUGGAACCGCUUCAUCUCGCGCAGGUCCCUAUCCUCCGCACCCUCCCCGACCGCGGGCGCCCCCCCAACCGGUACCACAGCCAGACCCGCGACCUCGGCGCCCGCCGUAGCCACCAGCACUACUGCCACCACUACAACCGCGACCGCCAACGGCGGCAACGGCAGCGACCCCGCCAGGCCGCCGCCGCCGUCGUCUCCGGGCCUGCUCGCCAAGACACUCGGCUGGCGGCCGCACCACCACCACCAGCACCAACCCCGGGCGGGGAAGGACAAGAAGGGAGAGGACGGCGACGGGCGGCGGGACGACAAAAACAGCAGGAGCAGAAGCAAAAACAAAAGCAAGAUCAAAAGCAAAAACAGAGAAAGCAAGCUGCACCCCAGCGAGCGGCCCCUGUCCGAUACGAGGCUGCGCCACCAGGAGAUGCUCGGCGACUUCACCAUGGAGUUUGGCCGGGGCCGCCGCCGGGGGCGAGGGACGGGCGGCCGGGCGGGGGCGCCGCCGGCGGUGGAUAGCGUCAGCCCUCAGGGCUCGAGGCGGGCGAGUGCGGGGUGGGAGGAUGCUGUUGCCGUUGCCAGGGGUGAGGCGGGCGGGGGGUGAUGGGUGACGGUUUCACGGGGGAGAUCAUGGAGGUUUGGGGAAAUUGGGCGUUUGUCUCGGUGGCGUUGGAGGGGGGGAAGGGAGGAGGCCAAGAGAAAUAAGAUGUGGGUUUGCUUGCUUGGCUUCCCACUUGACCAAUUGGCCUUGGGAAUAUAAACAAACGGAAAAUAAAGGGUAGCUGCCAGGUAGGGUUCAUAGGUUUGGGCAGCAUUUGACAUUCCAUAGCGAGCAUUUAGGUGGCUGGAAAGGGUUAGAGGGAAGUUGGCUUUUAAG